CCACCCUGCCACACCCACCACACGCCCACCCUGCCACACCCACCACACGCCCACCCUGCCACACCCACCACACGCCCACCCUGCCACACACCGACCCUACCACACCCACUACCCCGCCUUCCCUUAAUACCGUUAUCAUCCGGCACCUGUUCACUUUCUUCACCAUAUUACCCAUCGUGUUACACCCUACCAUAUCGUGCCCACGACGCGUGACUAUAGCGCCUCCUCACAUGGUGUCGGGGUGGCAUUACAUCCCCCAUACAGAGACCGUGUGGGCUGCAGUGUGAGGAGUGAUGUGGACCUGGCCGCGACACUAGCGUAUGGACACUACACUACACUGGUCGUGUGUAGUGCCCACUUCUUCAUUCUCAGCCACAGUGUGAUGGACACGGCAUGAGAGCACCCCGUCUUCCUCGGGGGUCCCAGCGUCAAGAAAACGGUCAAUGUAAGUGUCCUCUCCUAACCUACCACAGGACCCAAAACAGAAAACGGGAGUGUACGUCACUUUCGCAACCCGCUUCCAUUUUCUAGUACGACAAUUUUUGGCCUUGUGUAACGCAUACGAGCGAAAUGUGACGUUCUUGGUAAAAAAAAAAAAAAAAAAAAAAAAAAAAGGACAGGUUGGCGAGGGAACGGUGCCCCGCCACAAGCUUGAACCAUUACCGCCCUUCCCAACACCUCAUGUAGAGGAGCGCAGAGAAGCACAAGAGAUAGUAAGGAGACAUCGAGGAGGACCUUGGUAGUGUUGGAGGCUCGGUCUUAGAGGAGCGGCCUUGAUGACUCGCCAACCUCACGCUGUCCAACACUGGCUGCGUCUCCUCCAGUGACUGUUGCUUGCAUCACUGCUAUUAAACCAGCCUACCCUCGGUAAGGGUGCACCGUGGCCCCCUCCCUGCUGCUGGCACCUCAGGGUCCACCUGUUGGCACUCCGUGGCCCCCUCCCUGCUGAAAUCUGCUGCCUAUCCCAACAUUCACCUUGUGUGGGCCCUCGUCAUACGGCAGGGGGCGAGGCCCCCCUAUAUAAGGCAGGGGUGGCAGAAGAGAUGUCGUCUAGUCGUCCCCGGCGGCAUAGUGUGGUCACACUGAGACUAACCGUUACCUCAGACAACCCAAGCAGUGAGAGUAGCCACUCCACACAGCCCACGCCCGCCCUCUCACCAAGCCCCACCCUGCCCCCACGCCCACGCUCACACUCCCGCCAGAGGUAUGCCUCCCAGGGGCGCCAGGCACCCUCCUCCCCACUUCCCCGCACAACCCCACCUCUCUGCCGCACGCCCACCACGCCGCUCAGUCGCACGCCCACCUCCCCAUUGGGACGCACACCCUCCUCUCCAUUCUGCCGUGAGCCCACCUCACCCAUGGGUCGCUCCACGCCCUCUCCUGUGUCACCUCGUAGCGUGGGCGGCAGACACUUCCGGUACGACAUGUGGGCGGAGCAGCGGGGGUUAAGGAGGAGGUCAUCACUGCUGACAGUGCCGUCCACACACGACCCUCACUCUGACCUCCACCUCCGUCUCCCCAGACAGAGGUCCUCUUCAAUUGCUGGUCCAAUACGCCCUCCAGACCUCGCCAGGUACCUGAGCGAGGCCAGUCAGCGCUACCAAGGGGGAGAAGAUGGCGGUAGUGGAGAAGUCAGCAUCGCGAGCAGCUUUGACGAGUCUGAACAGGAGCCGGCGUCGACCAGCCCCUUACUCGACCACUGCAGCGACCUUCCCAGCCGGCCCUCCACACCGGCCAUGGCCGACAAGACCAUGACAGCCACCAGGCCGGGCCAUGUUUCCCCCGGCAGUUUAUCAACCUGCGGGACUCAUGAUUCCUUCGUCGCCGACCUUCCCAGGAGGAGGAGGAACAGCAGCGCUGACUCCACCACUGGCGUGUGUCGCCUCCGUCAGUUCAGCAUCACCUCCCGCGGGGGCGUGGUCAACAGGGGCGACUCGUUCCGUCCCAGACGCUCCGUCUCCAACACCUCCGUCACCUCCACCGUCUCCUCCUGCAGCAAGGACAGGAGGCCCAGCGUGGGUUCAGGGCCUUCGACGCCAGGGCGCAGCAAGGCAGCCACGCCCACACCCGCCCCACAGCACCGGGUGGUGAUGCUUGGGUCUGCUGGUGUAGGCAAGUCUGCCCUCAUCACUCAGUUCAUGUCUUCUGAGUACAUGUGCGCCUACGACGACUCCCCAGGUCAGGACGAGAGUGGUGCUGAGCGGAGUGUAUCAGUGCUGCUGGAGGGAGAAGAAGCCGAGCUUAUAUUCCUGCCCCUUCAUGACCUGACACAGGCCAGCGCUCGGCAGGAGCACGCUGACGGGUGGCUGGUGGUGUACAGUGUGAGCGACAGAGACACCUUCAGACAGGCAGCCACCGCCCUGGGCCAGGUCUGGGCCUUGGGCCACCUCGCUCACACCCCCGUCAUUCUCGUCGCUAACAAGACCGAUCUGGAACGGACCCGGGUGGUCACUUCAACAGGUAAUGAACAACAUGUCCUGAUUGUGACAGGUAAUGUAAACUACCAGUUGAGGCCAGGGACAAGUUAACUACCAGUUGAGGCCAGGGACAAGUUAACUACCAGUUGAGGCCAGGGACAAGUUAACGUGUCCCUGGCCUCAACUGGUAGUUAACUACCAGUUGAGGCCAGGGACACGUAUAGUGUCAGUUGAGGUACUCUCUCUCUGUACUGUUGUCGUGCUUGCAAGGUUCUCUAUCAGUUAGUGUUACCAAUAUUUCUCCUCGUGUCGUUCCGUCCUUGCCCUCGUGUAGGGUCCGCCUUCCUAGUUAUUGUAAACCCCUGACCUGUGUGACUAAAGUUUUUACCCCUCCUACAAUCCUGAAGCACCUUUUCCUUGCAUACUUUUCUCAACACUCCUGCUCCAUUUCCGUCUUCACAGAUGGGGUCUAAGUCUGCAGACGGUGUAGGCUACUCUGUUGUUUUUCCUGACCACACCCACAUGUGUCGCCUGCCUCCAGAGACUAGCAUCUUCACGGCAGAACUGUAUGCUAUUGUAUGUGCUCUUCGUCAACUACUUCAUCGCUGUCAAUCUUCCUUUGUUGUUUUUGUUGAUUCUCGCAGUGUCCUCAUGGCUCUGGAGUCCUUUAAUCCAGUCCAUCAUUUGGUCGUCGAAAUUCAAUAUUGGCUGUGCCUUAUGUCCAGAAGAUUUAAGAUAGUCGAGUUUUGCUGGGUUUCCAGCCAUAUUGGCGUGUCCUUAAAUGAGCGUGCGGACGCUGCCGCUAAGGACGCUAUCCGCACUUGUCCCAUCUCCCGUAAAGGUAUUCCUUAUUCCGACUUCUAUCCAGUUAUUCACUCCUCAAUCCUUGCCUGUUGACAGGGUCGUUGGUCUUCUGUUACUGGUAACAAACUGUGUGCUCUUAAGAGUAGUGUGUCUCCGUAGUCUUCCUCCUACCACCGUAACUGGCGGUAGGAAACGGCUCUGGCGAGGUUACGUAUUGGCCAUACACGUUUAACUCGCGGGCACUUAAUGGAGCGCCACCCUGCGCCUUAUUAUCCAAACUGCGUCGUCCCUCUUACGGUUGUGCAUAUCCUUGUCGAUUGUCCGGACUUUCAGGACGAGCGUGUAUCUUGCUUACCUGGUUGAUACCUGGUUGAUGGGGUUCUGGGAGUUCUUCUACUCCCAAAGACCGGCCCGAGGCCAGACUUGACUUGUGAGUUUGGUCCACCAGGCUGUUGCUUGGAGCGGCCCGCAGACCCACACACCCACCACAGCCCGGUUGGUCCCUUCCCGACCGUCCCGCGCGGUCAUUUGUCCCUCGAUAGAAUUCUUGGU